AUGUCGGUCUCAGGCUUGGAUGAUCCUCUCAAUUUCAUUCGCGCAGAGGACUUCUUUGCGUCAGCACAGCGAUUCACCGGACCUACAAAGAUAAAAAAAGUUCAAAUUUCAUCAAAUCCUCGAAGGCCCACCGAUCCUAUUAUCCUGGAACGUGGAAUCGCUCUCCUUUUUGACGACAGAACUAUUUGUGUUAUUCAAUUCAUCAGACCUACACUCUGGAGAGUUAGAUAUGACCCCACAGUCAAAAAUCUAAAUGGGUAUAGAGACGAAAAUACUAGGACUAUCGUCCAGGAUUAUAUGUCUCGGCUUACUCACCAGCUUGAUCUCGAAGAAAGCUGCUACUGGAAUACCACUCUUAGCAUGUCCGGCGAUGGAAAACAUUACAUCUUCUCGUCCGUUAGGUAUAACUCGCCAGAGGACCUCAUGGCUAGUAGAAAUGGGAAGGUGAUCACCAUGAUAUAUUUGUACAAACACCCUUUCCGCAUCCAGGUUGUUCGUAGAUUGCAUGCUGCUCCAGAUAUCUACCCAAUCCCUGCAAGCCACCCUACUCUCUCGGUAGUUCGCGAAGCAGAAAAGGUUGUUUGGCAGACCUCAGAGAAAACUUUCCGUUGGAAAUUUGAAGAACCUUUGGUCAAAAAUAUAGUCUUGGACGUAGUGAAGGCUGGGCCCGGCGAAUUUCUAGGCUUUGGGGAACAGGGAGGAAAGAACUUUUUGAAGAAACCCUCUUUCAUGAAUUAUUACAACUUCGACAAUAUGCUCUAUAACCAGACAUAUAACGUAGGCGCUCUUGAUAACCGUGAGCCAUUAUACCAUUCAGAUCCGUAUUUCUUGGAUGUAAAUUCGAAUCCGUCCUAUCAGAAUGUCACGGCGACAUUCAUCGAUAAUUACUCUCAAGUUUGCAUUGACUUUGCAAAAACCAAUGCAGGUCGUAUAAAACUUGCAACAAGGUUCGGUGGGAUGGAUGUCUAUUUGAUGAGUGCCAAGGAUAUUCCAGAGGUUGUAAAGCUUUAUACCAGCAUCCUUGGAAGGCCGAGGCUUAAGCCCAAGUAUGUUUUAGGACAUCACCAAGGCUGUUAUGGCUACAUGAACCAACACGAUAUUGAACAGGCCGCUCAAAGCUAUCGUGCACACGAAAUUCCUUUAGAUGGGAUACACAUUGACGUCGACUUUCAAAAUCAAUACAGAACGUUUACUAUUGAUCCAGUAGCGUUUCCUAACCCAAAGGAAAUGUUUGAAGGAUUAAGACACCGUGGUUUCAAAUGCUGUACUAACAUCACACCUAUAAUCAGUCUGAAUGGUGGACCCGACAAUAAUGACUACCCUACCCUGAAGGAGGGAUUGGCAAAGAACUACUUCGUAACGGAUGAUAGAUAUACUCAAGGCACGAGUGGGAAAGCAUCCGAUGUUAAAUAUGUUUGUUACUCGGGGGGAUCGAAGGUUACCAUUGACCCUAAGGAUGUCCACCAGCGUCCUGGCUUUGGAGAUGACUACAACUUUGAGCAAACCUGGAAUAGUAAGAAUCCUUAUCAUGGAGGAGUGAGUUACGGGGGUGACCUUGGUGCUGCAGGCUACUAUCCGGACCUCAACGAUCCUGUUGUUCGUAAGUGGUGGGGAGAGCAGUACGCAUAUCUCUUUGACCAGGGUCUUGAAUUCGUCUGGCAAGAUAUGACAACUCCCUCUAUUGCUACAGCGUAUGGUGAUAUGAAAGGCUUUCCUUCACGUUUAAACCUAACAUCGGACGCAAUAUGUGCGACCAAAUUGAAAAAACAACCGGCAAUCGAGAUCUGGGCUCUUUAUUCUUAUAAUCUUCACAAAGCGACAUUUCAGGGUCUUAACAAUCUUCCUUCACGUCGGAAUAAACGAAAUUUUAUCAUUGGCCGUGGAAGUUUUGCUGGCAUGCAUCGUUACUCUGGGCUGUGGACGGGAGACAAUGGAAGCACAUGGGACUUUUGGAAAAUUUCAAUUUCACAAGUACUAUCUCUUGGACUCAGUGGAGUCAGCAUUGUUGGCUCCGAUAUCGGCGGUUUCAUGCCUAAUGGGAAUGAGAAGUUUUGUGACCCGGAUCUACUCAUCCGUUGGUACUCUGGCGCAUUUUUACUGCCAUGGUUUAGGAACCACUACGUAAAAAAGAAUGGUGGAAAGUUAUUUCAGGAACCUUAUGCGUAUACGGAUUUCAUAAAUAAGCAUCCUGAGCUUGAGAGAGAACAAGGGUGGCUCUACCGCUCCGUAGAGGUUGUUUGCAGAUACUAUGUGAAACUUAGGUAUAGUCUCAUUCAACUUCUUUACGAUGCGAUGUUCGAAAAUCAGAUCAAUGGUCUGCCAAUUGCGAGGUCUAUGUUGAUGACCGAUACACUUGAUGCAUCAUUUUACAACGAGUGCCAAGAUUUCCUGGACAGCCAGUAUCUUGUUCGUCGGGAUCUGCUUAUUGCGCCAAUCAUGGACAGUCAUACGUUAAAUCAUGGGCACACAGUCGUGUACCUCCCGGCACCGAAUAAAUGGUACACAUUCAACCUAAGGAUCGAUGGAAGCCUGGGAGUUGCAUUGGAACCAGCUAUCGAAGGAGGCACCAUGUUGGAUUUUGAUGCACAUAUCUCGAGCGAAAUAUCUCAUAUCCCUUACAUCACACCGAUUUUCAUUAGAGAAGGUGGUAUUAUUCCUCAAGUUGAGCCUCGUCAGUAUAUUGGUGAUGGCAAGAUAAACCCUAUAACAAUUCAUGUCUAUCCCGGAAGAGAUAAUACCUAUGAGAUGUAUCUUGACGAUGGGGUGAGCCGGAGCAGUGCGCCUAGUAUCUUACCGCAAUAUGCGUCACCCGUCAUGGUUGAAGAUGAUUUUGACGAAGGCGAUUGUGAUAUAACGGCAAAUGACGAAUAUCGAGAAGUCAGUAUUAAGCAGAUUACAAAUGGUUCAUCCCGUACGGUCACCAUCCACAAUAAGCAUGACCAAUAUGACGCAAGGCCAGACGUGGGGGACACGUAUACUAUUGUCAUCUGGCAUGACCAAGGCACUGAUCUCAAACACUACUCGGUGAGCAUCAAGGACCAAAAGGGUGGCUAUAUUGGCCAGUAUAGAACGGACUACAGACUAGCGGCAACGAUAAUUACUAUCCCCGUACCAGAAGGGACCAAGGACAAGGCCAUUAUAGAAGUUGCUAAUAUAGCAUUUUGA